GGUGAUGCUGUGUGGCUAGAGAAGACACGGGGAUUGAGUCCUGCUCCACCGGUGGCUCGGGUGGCGGAGGCCCGUACCAGCGCAGCGGCUCUCCCAGCUCUGGCGCUCUCCCGGGGUGCGGAAGAGAGAACAACCGAGAGGGAAUCAAGCAGCCUUACCCCUUCUGUUCUCUUCAGCCAGUAAUUGUCCUCUUCAAGACUUAACAUAGGAUAGAUUGGUAGAAAAUGGCUGGUGCUUUAUCCGGAUAAACCACUGCAACCCUCCCUGGAAGUCAUCACCAGGUGCAUUUUGAAUAGUGUCUGAGACUCACUCAACCCAGAAAAGCAAAAUGAUCCUCAAUUCUUCUACUGAAGAUGGUAUUAAAAGAAUCCAAGAUGACUGUCCCAAGGCUGGCAGGCACAAUUACAUAUUUGUCAUGAUUCCAACCCUGUACAGCAUCAUCUUUGUGGUGGGAAUAUUUGGAAACAGCUUGGUGGUGAUUGUCAUUUAUUUCUACAUGAAGCUGAAGACUGUGGCUAGUGUUUUUCUUCUGAAUCUUGCCCUGGCUGACUUAUGCUUUUUGCUGACCUUGCCACUGUGGGCUGUCUAUACUGCUAUGGAAUACCGCUGGCCCUUUGGCAAUCACCUUUGUAAGAUUGCAUCAGCCAGUGUCAGUUUCAACCUCUAUGCCAGUGUGUUCCUGCUCACCUGUCUCAGCAUUGAUCGAUACCUGGCCAUUGUCCACCCAAUGAAGUCUCGCCUCCGCCGCACAAUGCUGGUGGCCAAAGUCACCUGCAUCAUCAUUUGGUUGCUGGCUGGCUUGGCCAGUUUGCCAGCUGUUAUUCACCGAAAUGUGUAUUUCAUCGAGAACACCAACAUCACAGUUUGUGCUUUCCAUUAUGAGUCUCAGAACUCAACCCUUCCCAUUGGGCUAGGCCUGACCAAGAACAUUCUGGGCUUCAUGUUCCCUUUUCUGAUCAUCCUCACCAGCUAUACUCUUAUUUGGAAAGCCCUAAAGAAGGCUUAUGAAAUCCAGAAGAACAAGCCAAGAAAUGAUGACAUCUUUAGAAUAAUUAUGGCGAUUGUGCUUUUCUUUUUCUUUUCCUGGGUUCCCCACCAAAUCUUCACUUUUCUGGAUGUCCUGAUUCAGCUGGGUGUCAUCCGUGACUGUAAAAUCGCUGACAUCGUGGACACUGCCAUGCCCAUCACUAUCUGCAUAGCUUAUUUUAACAACUGCCUGAACCCUCUGUUUUAUGGCUUUCUGGGGAAAAAAUUCAAGAAAUAUUUUCUCCAGCUUCUGAAAUACAUUCCCCCAAAGGCCAAGUCCCACUCAAGCCUGUCUACAAAAAUGAGCACGCUUUCCUACCGCCCUUCAGAAAACAUGAGCUCAUCGGCCAAAAAGCCUGCCUCUUGUUUUGAGGUGGAGUGACAGGUCCAAAGUCUGCUGGUGAAGUAGUGCCCUGACAGAAUCCAGGGCAGCAUCCAACUAGAAGGCACACUACCAAAGGAACACUCACCCCUGCCUAGGAGCUAAGCAGAAAACGCGUUCAAUGGAUUGUAGAUGUUUUCUAAAACUCUGAAAAAUAGCUUUGACAAACACCCAAGCAAAGCCACUCCUUGCCAUGUCUUGCAUUAUUAGACGAUGGCUGCCCAAAGGAAGAGUCGGGAACUGGAUGGAUUUGUGGGUUGGGAAUACAUUUGCUGGCAGAAAUGCACUCUCCUCAGUCCCCUCUUGCUAUGUUCUUUUUGAUUUCCACAUGAAGGUAUGUAGAACAUGUUAAAUAUUUAGACAAGCAACAAGAGGCGGGAGAGGUGAAGAUAAUUUGUUCUGCUCAAUUUCCAAAGGGAAAGGGACCUUUUUUGUCUCUUUAGUCGUUAGU